ACAUGAGUUCGCGACUAACAACAAAAUCCCUUUACCUAGAUCAAGCUGGGGUGCGGCGUGUUACCAACGGCUCUGUAUCUCUGACAGGUUAAGAGCAACCUGCAGCUCCACAUCUGGGUAUGUCGGACUACAACUCCCAGCAUGCCGCAGGGAGCGGAGCAAUCUUGCAGCCCGCCCGCUCCCCUCGGGCUUGUUGGGCUGUAACUCCCAGUAUCCCUAGGCAGUGAAGACCUUUGACGGCUCCACGUGUGUUGGACUACAACUCCCACAAUCCCCAGACAUGAGAAUUGUAAUUCGGCUCACCGGCCAGGUGAAUAAUAGAAGCAACCAGGUUCCCUUUGAGUAGGCCACGCCGCUAAGACUACCGUACAGAUGUUUUGGACUACAGGUUAUAGCAUUCCUGACUAUUGGAGAUGCUGGCUGGGGCUGAUGGGAAGUACUGCCCCAAAAUCCUGAGAUCACCAGGCUGAAGAAGGCUGCCCUACCUGCGUCUCGCAGCUUCCCGUUUUUGUUUCCCAGCUAGCAGUUCUCAGUGGCACUCCGCAGCCAUGCGUAUAUAGACACCUGGAGCUGUGAAAGAGAGAAGAAAAGAGAAGAGAAAAUAAGAAAAGAACACUCCGAAGUGGGUAUUGCUCCUCAACCACAGCCACACUGGCCUAAAAUCCUGGCUUUUCCCCACCGAUAUGGCUCUACACCGGGGAGAACAAAGAACCGUUUCACUGGGGAACCCGGAAGUUAGAUCCUGCGUGCUUGUCUACACGACAAGCCUCGCCGCUCUCUGUAAAUCUAUAUGGGAGAGCCUCUGACAGCUCGAAACGUUCCAAGCCGCGUAGUUCUCUAUGGUCCCGGCGAAGCCGCUCUAGCCGCCGAGUACUCGCUGUCCCGGCACUUGGCUGGGAUGGAGGCACCGUUCGGAUUCGAGUUUGAGGAGUCGGUUUUCGAGGGGAGCUGCCGGAGCCGGAACGGCCGCGCCUCGCUGCCCCUUGCCUAUAGUGCCCGACGCUGCGAGCCCGAGUGGUUUUGUGAGGAAACAAGCUGCGAGGAUGAUGCUGAAACUGCCAAUGUAAAAAAAUUCAGAGGAGAUUUGGCAUAUAAGCAACAGGCAUUUAAGAAGGCCCUGUGUGAAUAUUCUGGAUGUCUCACGUUGUUGCCUCCCAGUAACCUUGCCAUGAGAAGAGAUGUGCAGGAGAGCCAGGCUCGCUGCUUAGCUCAUCUGGGGAGACAGAUGGAAGCCUUGGAGAUCACAGAAACACUGGGAAAUGGCGCAACUAACACUGACCACGUAACUGUGGUCCUCAGGCUGCGGCUUGCCAUUUAUCGUACUGUGGGGCAUGUUGCGAAAAUGAUCGAAUGCUUGCAUGGGCUCAUUAUGUUGCACCCUUUUCACCCAGAAAAUUGGAAGUUACUGGGUGAAGCAUAUAUGAGACUUUGGCAGGCGCCAGGAUCAUUGCAAGGUGAUGGCGCACCGGAAGAAAGCUCCCCCCACACUUUGUCGAAUGAAGCCAACUUGCAGUCUGACAAAAAAUACAGCUGGGGGAAGGAGGCCUCCUUGCAGUUUUCUCCCCAAAGCUCUUGUGAGCAAUGCCAAAGAACUGAGGGUCCCAUCAGUACCUCAGGAAAACCAGAGGCCCAGCCCAGAUCCAAGAGUGACAUGUUUGAUUCUUCAGGACAGGAAGGAUCUGAAAUCAUCCGGAUAUAUUCUUGUGCUUCCUUUGUUAGAGCAAGGCUCUUGUUUCAGCUCAUGCAGUUCAGUCAGUCUUCCUUUGCUUUAGAGUGUAACUUAAAGGCACAACAGGAGAUUGAAGACAAAAUUGCAUCAUUUGGACUGAAGGAAAGUUUUUUGUCCUUGAUGACUGAGACUAUGGGGGAGGAUCUCAUCCCAGAAAAGCUGAAGGAGGAUGCUCAAGGAGAAGUGAGAUGCUUAGGUCCCUCAGCCUUGACUUCUGCAAUGACAGUCUCUUCUGUGGAAUUCAAAAGAAAAUGGUUCCAAAGGCUCGGAGACCAGUUUUCUCCCUCGGACUGUCACACGUGAUGCAGUGUGGCAGCACAAAGACGCUUUCUCUGUGCAUGCUUUUGCCCUGACUGAAGGGUGCCUUUAUUCCAGCUACCAGUAUUGUAUCCUGGCAAGAGAAGAACUGGGGAUUCCAUGGCUGGGACAAGAUCCAUCUGUCUAGUCUCUGCUUGCCUUUUCCAGUAGAGCCUGCCCUGUUCACAAGCAAGAGCAGCCUUCCAUAAGGUAGUGUUAUCUGGUCAUGUUAGGUGGCAGCUCAGCAGAUUGAGGAAGGUUAUCAGAGUGCCUUGACCACUGGGAAGGAGGCUGAGCAUCUCAGCCAAGCUGCAAGGCAUUAGGCCGCUAGCCAACCUUUUGGGGUUGGUAAUUGUGGCCCAUGCACUUUGGUUUUCUUUGGCACCACUGGGACAAAUUUUAUCAUUGACAAUCUUUUUUGCCUCUUUUUGAUCCUCCAGCUAGUCACACUGUCCACUUGCAAAGGUGAUGGAAUGUUUGGUUGUGUUUUUUUGUUUUUGUAAAAUUAAGACUACAUGUUUUUCUAUUUUAUUUUAUAUGCUUGUUUUUACAAAACAGAUGUUUAUAGCAUGCUGUCAACUGAUGACAAGGUUUACCAUGUGGCAUGAAAGGACUGAAACCAAAUGUACGAAGCAUUACAACAAAGCGGUUGGCUCAGUAAUAGAGUAGAGCAUUUGAAUGAAUGCCCAGCUCCACUUUUGCAAGACAUUCCUGUGGCAUUUUUUGAGCAAGAAUGGAACACUCCUUUCAAUUUUGCCUUGUGUGUCCUGGUAUUCUCUUGCUUGAAAUUCUUUGCAUGAAACGUAAGCUGCUGUGACUCGUUUUAGCUUUGUCACAGAUCAGGAAGAAGCAGAUGUGUACGCUUCUUUUGCUUUUACCUCCCCACAAUCUACAUUCCAGAAAAUCAAGGUGUGUAGGUGGCUUUAAUGCUCCUUUCACCUUCCGGCAGUUCUCAUGGAUAGAUUGGCUGUAUUUAUUGUAAAUUUUGCCACAGUGAACAAGAGCCUUUGUGUGAAUGAAUGCAGGAAGAGAUUGGCUCUUGACACCCUUCUCCCUAUGCUAAGUAUUGCUGUGUUUUCUUAAGGGUACUUCAUGUCAUCUUAAUGACACUUGUGUUCCAUGAAAGAGGUAGAAAAUGUCAUCGACUUUCCCACAAGCAUAUUUUGAUCAAGAUGCUAGGAAUACAAAGCAUGAAAGCAAUCCAAGCGCCAUUAUUUCUCUUAAUAACAAAAAAGUUCUAGACAGAUAAUAUUUACAAAGAACAGCCUUGGUCUAUUUAGCCUACUGCUUUCUCCUUUGACCCUUUGAUUCUGGAAGAUGCUGAGUGCAGAACAGCUUUCUCCAAUCUGGGUUUGUUUGAUUACAGAUCCCAUGAUCUCCAGCCAGCAUGGAGAUAGCGUCUCUUUCAUUCUACCUGUUCCUAUCCAUUGGUCUAUGAGGGCCUGGUUAAAUCUCCUGUUUUGGGGGUACCUGCCUGCCAUAGGAAUGCAAAGGCAGGGUAGCAACCAACUCCUGGGCAGGUCACAGUAUGUGGCUGCUAGCAGACUGUGGCUUGCUUGACUAUUACUGAUAUUGUGUGCCUGCCCUGGUCUACCAGGUGAAGCAGCGGCCUGGAAGAGGAGAUGGAUGUAGCCAGGACAACAAGCCCUGAUCUUCUAGUCUAGGGGGGCAGGAGGACCAAAUUCCAUUCCAGAGACGCUUGGGGGCUGUAUUCCAUUAUUGGGUGGGGCUAAAAAUGUCUUGCACUUAAAGCUCUCACUGCCAGGAACUAAGCCUUAGGAGAGGUUUCUCAAAACUUGUGGAAUGGGGAAAACUUGCACCAGAGCCAGGAAACCAUCUGAAUAUUUGGGCUAGAGGGAAAUGGGGGCUGGCACAGAGAAAGAAGCAUGGCCAUUUGGGGAGCCCCAGAAGGUCUAGGUUUGGUUCCUGGCACAGAGGAAGGUGCCUUGAGUUAAACCUUUUGGUCCAUGUAGACCAGUUUUGGCAACACUGACUGGCAGCAACAACCCGCUAGGUUUUUCAGUAGGCCUUCCAGGCCUACCUGGAGAUGACGUGGCUCAGACCUGGGACCUUGCACAUGCUGAGCGGGUGCUCUGCCACUGAGCAACAGCUGUUUACAACUGAGCCCUGCUCUAGUUCAAGAUGGCUGUACACUCCCGCUUGUGCCAUCAUUUGGCCAUCUGUGUUUGAAGCUCAGGUGCCAGUCAUUGAAAUGCUGGACUUCAGCCCCUUCCUCCUUACCUUCACACCUACUUCAACACUGUAGUAUUCACUGAGAAUGUUGUGCAUUCUGUGCUUCAGCCUAUCCUCAUUCGUCAGAUUUUCUUUCUCUAAGAAAUUGCAUAAUCUGCCACAGUCUAUUAUUGUAUCUAGGUAACUCAAUAAUUUGGCAAAGGUUAUAGGGCUUAGAAGAAAAAGGGUGAGAAAGAAUGGAAAGACACACCUUUUUUCACUGGGAAUCCUGUUCAGGGUGUCUCUUUCAUUUCUGUAACUUCAGGAAUCUCUGUUCAAACUGUUUCAAAAACAGCUACAAAGCUGUAGGUCAAGAAACCAGGCCCUGCUGCCAGUGUGAGAAUUUGCGUAUAAAACGCCAGAGAUCUCUCCAGUAUUCCACUGAUUUCUUCCUCCCCAUUCUUUCCUGAAGUUACAUAAGCAUUCAGUUUUCAGAUGACCUUGCAGUUGCUGUAUGGUCUUCUAAUUAGAAACUUGCUCUGAUGCAAAAGUUGAAAAUUAGUCCUUAGUUGCCAAAAGUUCUUCAUGCCUGCUGCUGUGGCCCAACUGUAGAUCUGCUGUUUAUUUUUUACCCUCUCAAUAAAUCUACACGUUUAUUUAUCCUGAA